GGACAAGGAAGACAACCAUGAAGGGUCUCAGAAGAAGAAUGGGUUAAGUGUGUCGGAGACAGGAAUAGUUCACUAGAUGUCUGUAUUGCUGAAAGCAUAAAUUCUGUGUCAAUGGAAUCCACACCUAAUGUUGUUAUUUCUCAUUACCAUCCAACAACUAUUCGCAUGGAUUGCAUAUACAAGUCAAAGAUGGACCUUCAGCAUCAUUUGCAAAUGUUUUCCAUUGUUAAUAACUUCCAGUUCAGAACUGUAACUUCAACAAAGACAUCCUAUCAUGUCGUGUGUGUUGAUUCUAAUUGUAAAUGGGCCCUUCGUGCUGUACGUGUGUGUGGUGCAAGUUUAUUCCAAAUUAGAAGGUUUGACUCAGAACAUUCCUGUCCUGUUGACUUUCGUGAAGGCAAUCAUAGACAGGCAACAUCUACCCUUCUAGCAGGCUUGGUUUCACAUCGUUAUGCAGAUGCUUCGAAAAAGCCAUACCAACCUAUUGACCUUAUGGAUCACAUGAGGAGGGAAUAUGGGAUUACUAUGUCUUAUAAGAAGGCUUUGGUAGUUAAAAGAAAAGCGAUGAGCAAACUCUAUGGUUCAGAUGAUCAAUCGUACCGCUUGUUGCCUGCGAUGUGCUAUAUGCUUGAGAAAAAUAACCCGGGGUCUGUUAUAUCUCUCACAACAUGCGAAGAUGGCAACUUUAAGAAUAUGUUCUUCUUGCUUUGUGCGUGGAGGCAAGCAUGGAUUCAUUGCUUUCCAAUCCUUAUUAUAGAUGGGGCUUUCAUGAAGGCUUACUUUCGUGGAACACUGCUGACUGCAUGCACACAAGAUGCUAAUCGACAGAUUGUCCCUUUAGCAUUUGGCAUAUGUGACGCUGAGAACAAUGAGUCUUGGUUGUGGUUCUUAAGCAAUGUGAAACAUUCACUUAUUGAACGCAGUGACAUCUGCAUCAUCUCAGACCGUCAUGAUGGUAUCUUGUUUGCAGUAGAUAAGGUGUUUCCUUCCAUUCCUCAUUGCUAUUGUACUGAACAUAUAUUGCGCAAUCUCAAAGGGAAAUUUAAGGGCAAAUCAGAAUCAAUUGAGUGGAAGUUCAGAGCUGCGUCUCGGGCUGCUACUGUUGAAGAGUGUGAGGAGUAUCUUUCAAUGUUGGAUGAGGAUGAUCCACGUAUACGGGUAUACCUUGAUAAGAUUGGAGUUGCAAAGUGGUCUAGAUCGAUUGGUAAACGCCCUGGGUUAUCCUGCUACGAAUUUAUUUCCACCUUUUACAAAUUGGAAGCAUUGGUGUGCACAUAUGCUGGAAUUGUUCAUCUAUUGGUGAUGUGUAUGGAUGGGUGAUUGUUCAUCCUAUUGUUCAUCAUAUGAAAUCAUGCACUAAUCCAAUUCCAAUGGCAGAUGCAGCUCUUACUUAAGAGUUGUUUAGUAUCAUUUACUUUAUCUCUUUCUGACUAUAUGUAUUUCAAUUUGAGAUGUUCUUAUUACGAAUAUGGAUGAUUUAAUGUUUUAUGUUCUUUUUGUUGAACAAUAUGGUCCUUGAACUCCACGCUUUAUAUUUAAUAGCCAAAUACUUGUUACAUUUUUACACAAUUUCAAGAGUUACAUUUUAUACGUCCAUACAUGACUCCAUAAAAUGGAAUUUAUUUCCCUAUAAUAAAUUUAAACAAUACAU